GGUUCUUAGAAAUAGUUAAACGCAGGCAAACAUCAGUGUAUCUGUGUGCGUUGUGCGUGUAACAUUUGUGUGCAUCUGAAGAGGAAGAGAAAACGGACGGCGACGGCAAGAAACGAAACGAAAUUCGAAAAAAUUGAAAAAAAUAAGAAACGAAUAAUCAUAAUAGAGCAAUAACAACGAGAUAAAACCAGACCCAAAAUUGAAAACAUUUCAUUUUCGAAACAAAACAAAAAAAAAAUUCAAAAUAAAUAUUAAAAUAAAACGCAUUUAAGUUUUAUUGUUGUCAUUAAGAUACUCUUAAAAACAACAAUAAAAAAUCGAAAAAAGUGAUAUUAUUGUAAUCAACACAUUGAUACGGAAUAACAUUGUAAAACAGCUAUUAAAUGGCCAAUAACACAUCCAACAAUCCGCAGAGUCCGGAACAGAACGAUCCAAAUUUAGAGCAUUCCUCAAAUUCACCAAAUGAAAGCUCACAAAUGGAUACCAGCCAUCCCCUAGCCAGUACGAGUGGUUCCAGGCUACGACCGGAGGACAUUUCCCCACAUGAAAUUGCCGGCGUUCGUUAUGGCAAGUGCAAAUGGUUCAAUGUGGCCAAGGGAUGGGGUUUUCUGACACCCAACGAUGGAGGCCAUGAGGUGUUCGUACAUCAGAGCAUAAUACAAAUGUCCGGCUUCCGUUCACUGGGUGAGCAGGAAGAAGUCGAAUUCGAGUGUCAUUUAACCGAAAGGGGUCUUGAGGCCACCAGGGUCUCUGGAAUACAAGGUAGUGAUUGUCAUGGCAGUACAUUUCGACCGCGCAGCAAGAAACGUCAUCGACGUGUACGCUGCUACAACUGCGGCGAAUUUGCCAAUCAUAUUGCCUCGAAGUGUCAUCUAGGACCCCAGCCCAAACGUUGUCAUCUAUGCAAGCAGGAUGAUCAUCUGUUUGCCAAUUGUCCAACUAAGAAGAAUCAAAAUGUGGAUCAAUCCAGUGCUAAUCCUGAUGAAGAAAAUUCCGGCGCUGGUGGUGGCAAUGAAGAAGAAAAUGUGGCCAAGGAUCAGAGUUAACAAAGGACAUUGGGAUAAGACGAAUGGAAUUGGAUGAGGAAUAAUGCACAUUUAUUGGCAAUUUGGUGCCAUACUUUUUUUUGUAUUGUAUAAAGAGGCUAUGCGAAACGAAUGUACAAUUUUUUAGGAUUUUAGACUCAUAACACUCGUUUAUUAAAUUUUAAGAAUAUUUUUUUUUAUUUUUUAUUUGCUAAUAAAUAUUACAAA